CCUCCUGCUUACAUCACGGGACGGGGCGUCUCCAGGGAACAUGGUAGUUCAGGGCAAAAGGACUUUGCUGCAGAAAAUUGUGCAUUGUAGCCGCCGCGUCUAUCGGGGAUCGACCGGCGGGCUCGGGUGUGUCACACAGCCAUGCCAAGCGCUUCCUCCGGUGCGUUUUCCGAGCUCCUGGGCAGGGGGCAUUCCUCAAGCUCGCCCCCUUCACAUAGCCAGCACUUUCGCCUCCCAGGCGGCCGCGCCUGCCGCAGGUGACUAUGGCAGGGUUUUCAAGAGGUCGGUGGAGGAGCCGGAUCAACUUUGGGCCGAAGCGGCUCAAAGCAUCACGUGGCACAAGCCGUGGACUAAAACCUUGGAAAGGAAAGAUCCCUUUAGCACUUCUUGGUUUGUUGGAGGAGAGCUGAAUAUUUGCUAUAAUGCUCUGGAUCGCCACAUUGAGAAUGGACAAGGGGAUCAAAUUGCUAUUAUCUAUGACAGUCCUGUAACAAAUAUGAAAGAGUUUAUAACUUACAGUGAAGUUCUUGAACAGGUUUCCAAGCUAGCUGGUGUUAUGCUGAAUCACGGUGUGAAGAAAGGAGAUUGUGUUGUCAUCUACAUGCCAAUGAUACCACAGACAAUGUACACUAUGUUGGCUUGUGCAAGAAUAGGAGCUAUACAUAGUCUUAUUUUUGGUGGAUUUGCUUCAAAAGAGCUUUCUAGUCGCAUUGAUCAUGCCAAGCCCAAACUGGUUGUAACAUCCACAUUUGGAAUAGAACCUGGAAGAAAAGUGGAAUAUGUGCCACUUCUAGAGAAAGCAUUGGAGAUGAUCAGUCAUCAACCAGAAAGAGUUCUGAUUUAUAGCCGCCCUAAUAUGGGAGCUGUUCCUCUUAAGCCAGGACGUGAUUUGGACUGGAAUGAAGAAGUGGCCAAAGCAAAGCCAUGUGAUGCUGUUCCUGUACAUUCAGAUCAUCCACUUUAUAUUCUUUAUACAUCAGGAACUACUGGUACACCCAAGGGUGUUGUCAGACCAACAGGUGGCUAUGCAGUCAUGCUAAAUUGGACCAUGUCAGCUGUAUAUGGACUUAAGCCUAAAGAGGUCUGGUGGGCUGCAUCUGAUUUAGGCUGGGUGGUUGGUCAUUCUUACAUUUGCUAUGGACCUCUUCUGCAUGGGAAUACAACAGUUUUAUAUGAGGGAAAACCUGUAGGAACUCCAGAUGCAGGUGCUUUUUUCCGUGUGCUGUCAGAAUAUGGAGUAGUGGCUCUUUUUACUGCACCAACUGCAAUUAGAGCAAUACGUCAACAGGACCCUGAGGCUGUCCUGGGGAAACGGUACAAUUUGACAAGGUUUCGAACGUUAUUUGUAGCUGGUGAACGCUGUGAUGUGGAUACAUUAGAAUGGUGCAAACAAAUUUUCAAGGUACCAGUUUUGGAUCAUUGGUGGCAAACUGAAACAGGCUCUCCAAUAACAGCUUCUUGCGUUGGUUUAGGAAACUCACUAACUCCUCCUCCAGGACAGACAGGAAAGUUGGUACCAGGAUACAAUGUUGUGAUUCUGGAUGACUUCAAGCAACCUGUAAAAGUGAAGACUCUGGGAAACAUAGUGGUGAAGUUGCCUUUGCCACCAGGAGCCUUUUUAGGUCUUUGGAAAAAUGAAGAGCUUUAUAAAGAAUUAUAUUUCCAAAAAUUUCUGGGAUAUUAUGACACUAUGGAUGCAGGUUAUAUGGAUGAAGAAGGCUAUCUAUAUGUCAUGUCUCGUGUGGAUGAUGUGAUAAAUGUUGCAGGCCAUAGAAUUUCAGCAGGUGCAAUUGAAGAGGCUGUUCUCUCCCAUAUGGCUGUGGCAGACUGUGCAGUUGUUGGCCAAGAGGAUCGACUAAAGGGCCAUGUUCCUAUAGCAUUGUGUGUCCUGAGAAAUGGAAUUGAUAUUAAAGAGGAACAACUUUUAGAAGAAAUCGUUGCACGAGUUAGAGAAGAUAUUGGUCCUGUGGCAGCAUUUCGGAAAGCAGUAUUUGUGAAACAAAUACCAAAAACUCGCUCUGGCAAGAUACCACGAUCAGCUCUUGCUUCUCUUGUGAAUGGGAAGCCAUACAAGAUAACCCCAACUAUUGAGGAUCCUGCUGCGUUUAAACAUGUAGAAGAAGUAUUAAAAGAAUUAAAAUAAGAUUUAACAACCAGUAAAAUGUAAGGAAGACCUGCAUUACUUAAUUUUGUUAUAUCAGAAAUAUAAGUAAAAAUGUUUAUUUUAUUUCUGUAAAUGUGUUACUGAAUCUUAGUCACAGUAACAAGUAAUAUUCAGUUGGCAGUGUGAAUUCUACAGUGAGCUACUUAGAUGAUUUAAUUUUUUUAUGGUAAUUAGAAUUGUAUGAACAAAUAUUUGUAAUAUACAUAUUGUUCUUAAAUAUAGUGCAACAGAUGACAUAAUUUAAAUCCUGUUAAAAUUGUGUUGGUUUCUUUCAAUGCCAGAACAAAAUUUAAUCUUAGUCCUUAAAAGUUUGCUUUGUCUGAAACACCCAUACUUAUAUUGAAGUUUUUUAAGUAGCUCAACGUUGGUAGCUAAAAUUUGUUGUAAUUUUAACAUAGAGAUUUAAACUCUUUGUUAAAGAAAAACUCUAUGUAAUAAAGAAAAGAAAAUGAUUGCUAAUGGUGUUAAUGAUUUAGGUAUUAGCAAAACCCUGUAAUUCAGGUCUACUAGUGGAUACAGUGGAUGCAAAUGUUUCUGGGCUAUGGUAAAAACUCAGUUCAAACUACCUGGGUAGAGCUAAGCUACUUUAUUUUUCACAAAUACUAACUAACAGAGAAGUUGGGGAACAUAAAGUGCCAGGAAGAAUUGGGCUGCUCAAGUAUGUUCUUUGUGAUUGCUGAAACAGCCCAAUUGAUUUUUAAAAAAAAAAACAUUUACAUGGUAGAAUCCUUUAAGAAAUCCUUUAAAGCAGGAUUUGAGUGUCAGCCUAUGAAGUUAGUUCCGACAAGAAAACCAAAACAAGAAUCCUGCAAGUCUGAAAAUGUCCACCCCCCAUUGGCCUUUUUUGUCUCAGAGAAUUAGGGAGGGUCAGUUUUGAGAUGUUUCCUCCAUUCGUGCUUUGGACUCAGAUUUCUCGUCAGACCAUUGUCUAGGCUCGUGAUGGUGAACCUAUGGCACAUGUGCCAGAGGUGGCACACAGGCCUCUCUGUGGGCAUGCAUGCCAUUGCCCCAGCUCAGCCCCCUGGUCAUGGGUUUCUGACACAUGCAUGCGUGCCAGCCAGCUGGUCGUCGGGUUUCCCACGUGCGCAUGCCUGCCAGCCAGCUGGUUGAUGGGUUUCUGAGGUACACAUGCAUGCUGGCCAGCUGGUCGUUGGGUUUCUGGCGCUGUGUUGCAUGUGCCUUGCGGUUUGGACACACUGUGCCUAAAAGGUUUGUCAUCACUGGUCUAGGGUGUUCUUCUUCCUCCUCUCUAAGUUUUUCUCAUAGCCCAUUAUGGUGAUUGUGGCUGUGUACUUUGCCACAAGUAAUGAAUGCAAGUUUAAGGAAGAAAAAUAUAUAUAUCAUAUUCAGAAUGGCCAGAUAGUUAAGGUAAAUAAUAAUUUGUAGCCACAUAACAAUUCCCAGUAGGAACCAAGCCAAAAAAGGAUCAUAUAGUUCAGAAAGAUUGCCCCCUAGUGUUACAACUUUGAGAGAUGUAGUCUUUAAAAUUGUGCUGUGUUUUCUAAUACCCAAAUUAUUUUAAAAGACUGUUACACCUUUUUAUAAACUGGCAUUUGGGGCUUUAACCACUUGGCAGUCAUGGGAAUAAUCUUUGUAUAUGUUUGAUCAUUCUACACAGGGUUGCUACCCAUAAUAUGAUAAUGAAUUUGGGUAAAGCUAGAGUAGGGUGACCAGGGGGAGUAUUUAAUGUAGUUGAAGCGUUCUGUUACUGUAAUACCUAAAAGCAUUUUCUUGCACCUAUCCGCACCCCUACCUGUAGCUUUAAAUGUGAAAUGCAGAGAAACACCCCAACAGUGUUUAUUUGAGAAGGAAGGACAAACACCAUAUCUAUGAGUAAUUUGUUGGGGUCUCUCAGAUAAUGAGGACAUUUGGGAGGGGAUGAAAAUAGCUUUCUCUUUCAUUCUGACAUCCUCUUAUGCUUUAUCCUUGUCCUACUUAGAAAGGUGCUAGAAAACAGAUGGUAUUCAUGAAUUGUCUAUUUACUUGCAAAUUGAGGGUUGAGGAUUGUUCAACCUGCUUAUGUGGAAAUCAGUAAAAUGUUUAAUUGAAAAUAAAUUUGAGUAAAUCUUUUGUCUAUUAUCCUGUCUUUUCCCUUCCUUUAAUCUGGCAUGUGCUGAGAACUCUUGCAAUCAAAAUUUUAAUUCUCUGUGGAAUGAGUCCAGUUGCUUUCAAUGGAAGUUACUGAUUAAUAAAGUACAAUUUAGAUUGUAAUCUAAGGAAACCCCCUUUGAUUAAAAGGAGAGGCCAAGUUUUCUUAUGUGUUAGGUAAAGAUGGGUUUGGACAAGGUAGUUGUGGCAAGUACACUAAACUUUUUUGGAGGGUUGAGGGGGUAGUGGGAUGAGUUUUAAUCCAAAUGCUACCUGGUCUCUGGCUUCCUGUACAGACCCCACCACUGAAAAAAAAGAGCAAGCCAACAUGGGGCAAAAAAGAGCAAGCCAACAUGAAAAAAAUGCAAUUCACCAAACACUUGGAACAGAAGUGUAGAAUGAUCUGUAGCUCAGGCUGGUAGAUUGUAGGUUAUGAAUUCCUCAUUUCAGCUUUUGGAAAAUCAUGAGAUCUUCUGUACCUCCACAAGGAUCAUAAAGGUAAGGCAGAAAACAAAUUAAAAAUUAACAUGUAUUUUCUGUCUGGAAUAUGUUUAGCUGGAAAAGACACAGUAGUGUACUGAAAAGAAACUUUUCGCAAUAUAACUAGAAUGAGUUGAAAUUGGUGUAUUUCAUAGUACUGUGUGCAAACCACUUUAAAUUUAGAUACUUUUGAGUAAAUCAAAUUAUUCAAUUUUAAAACAUUGUAUUUCAAAUAAGAAACUAAUAUUUUGAACAUUUUAGAAAUGUACUGAUCUACGAUACCACAGACAGAACACAUAAAAGAGCACUGAUUUUAUUUUAUUGACAAGGGGGAGAGAACAAAACCGUUCACCAUUUAGUUAACUGAAAUCUGUUUAAAAUUUUAAAAAUGCAAUAAAACAAAUGCGCGUGCAGAUGUUUUGCAGAUAAGCCUGCUGAAGGACAGGUCUUAACUACAAUAAGAUCAAUCAGGCAGCAAGAUUAUUAGCAAAUAGAGUAGGUAAAUUACAUUAUUAAAUAGUUCUUACUUUGAAACUUCCAAUAUAACAAAGGGCAAACAUCAACAACACCAUCAAAUAAAACCAUAGCAGAUAAUAGUUUCUCCUCUAAACUUCUAUACAGUAUAUAAUAACUGUUUUGUCUUUUAGUUAUUUCCUCUGAUAAAGUUGACUUCAGUGAAGUCUCAGCAAGGCCACUUUUGAAUGAAAGCCUAACAUUAGACAAGCAGCUGUUCCAAUACUCGAUUAUAAUGGAGACAUGGAGGGUAUUGUUAACAACUGAAACAUUGAAAAUCAGAUUUAUUUUCUUUCCAUUUUGUUUAAGGCCAAUUUUAGCUAGCAUGUGAAGAAUUUUGAGAGAAAAAAUACUAGCAAAGCUAGCUGCUUCCUGGUAAUUGCUUCUUUGUAGCCAUUGAGGAAAAUGUUUCUUGCUUUCUGUAUUUCGUUCUGAUUUUUGCAGUUUUUCUUCAUGUUGGUUUUAGAAAAAAAGAACAGUCACAGUGGUUUUCUACAAUUUUGUAUGCAUUUCUGUUUGUUAUGUUUGUAUAUAUGUAUGAGAGUUUUGUCUUUAUAGGUCCAUUUUUUGGCUCAAGUUUCAUGUUUAAAUCUUUUCCCUCUUGAUCAUUAGAGGCAAGAAUUCACUUUAAAUAGUGGUAUAUAAUUUUUGAAAAAGUAGGAACAUGAUGAAGCAUCUAAUAACUUUUUGCUAUUCAAUAUCCAAUUGACAUUGCUACAAUUCAAAAUUGUAAAAAAUAGUGGAAUGAAAAGAUACAAACAGUAUACCUGACAACGUAUUUGUCAAGUGUUUGCACUAAGACCCCAUGUACCACAUAUUU